UAUUAUUAAUGGGCCGAGCAGCUUGUUAGGCGGGAAAGACGGCGAGAGAGAGAGAGAGAAGAGAAGAAUGGAAUCGGAGAAAGUGGUGGUGGACGAGCUGCCGCUGGCUAUCGUGCGCCGGGUGGUGAAGGAUAAGCUGUCGGAGUGUUCGCCGGAGUAUGACGUCAGUAUACACAAGGAAGCGUUGCUUGCAUUCUCAGAGAGUGCGAGGAUCUUCAUCCACUACCUCUCCUCCACGGCAAAUGAUUUUUGUAAAGAUGCAAGAAGACAAACUAUGAAGGCUGAUGAUGUUUUUAAGGCAUUAGAAGAAAUGGAUUUUUCAGAAUUUUUGGAGCCGCUUAAAACUUCUCUUGAAGAUUUUAAGAAGAAGAACGCUGGGAAAAAAGCGGGUGGUGGAGCAGCUUCAAAGCCUGCUGGUGGAGCUGCUUCAAAAUCUGCUGGUGCAACAGCUUCGAAGCCCAAAGAGACGAAGAAGAGGAAACAGGAAGGGCCAUCAACACAAAAGGGUGCGAGGAAAAGCAAAAUAGAUGAGGAAACUAACAAGAAUGAUGAGGAGAAUGAGAAUGACAACACAGAAGAAGAGAAUGGAAACGAUGAGGAGGAUGACAAUGACGAUGAAAAUACGGAAGAGAAUGGGAAUGAUGAGGAGAACGAGAAGGAGGAUGAGGGAAACAGCAUGGAAGAGAAUGGGAAUGAGAGCGAGGAGAGUGGGAAUGAGGACCAUAGCAUGGAUGAAAAUGGGAGUGGGGAUGGUGAAGAUAAUGAGAACGAGGACGGGAGUGGAAGCGGAAGUGGUGAAGAGGUAGAGGGUGAUGAAGAAGAUGAAUGAACUCAAGGUUAUAUUUUUUGCUAAGAACAUGUUUUCAGGUUAACGUUAGAUUAGCUUGUAAGCUUGAAGCAGUGGUUGUGGCCAUGAGCAUGUCAUAGACUCAUAUCAAAUUGUUUUGCUCUUUGGCUCUACUGUUAACAGAUAUGUAAGUCAAAGUUUAGAAAUGAAAUUUUGCAACAAAAGAGUGAAGAGCAAAUUUUGGCUUA